AUGUCGCCUCCACCAACGCACUCGACGACCGAGUCUCGCAUGGCCCCGCCGUCGCAAUCAUCCACCCCGUCCGGUGACGUGGACGGCUCCGGAUGUGACCGUCUUGCCGGCGGCUGCGGCGACGGCCCUGGCGCCGUCGUGUUUGGUAACGGCGGUGUCGCUGCCGCUGCUAGAGCCGCGGCCACGGCCGCGGCGGCGGCGGCGGCGGCGGCGGCGGCAUCCCACGCGGCGGCGCGUAGGAUCUCUCGGACAACGAACCUGCCGUCAGCGGCGGCGAUGGCGGCGGCGCAGUCACCGCCAGAAGACGGCGGGAAAGGUGCCGCUGACACUGCAAGGGCAUCCGCCGCUGCCGCUGCCGCCGCUGCUGCUGCUGCCGCCGCUGCCGGUCGUUCACCAGUUAGUGGAUCGAACAAGGCACGGCCGUUGUACGGGGAGCGGCCAUCGCCUCUGUCGCCGUCGUCAGCAAGUCCGUCAGCCGCCCCAUCACCAACCGCGAGCACAGCAGGCCCCAACGCCCACGCCACCAGUGCGGCUGUAGCGGCGGCGGCGGCGGCGGCGGCCGCGGCGGCGGCUGUAGCACGUCCCUCAAGCCUCACUUCUCCUGCCGCUGCCGCCGCUGCCGCCAACCAUCAGCCGCCCGCAUCUCCCGUGUGCCGGUCAGACACCCGACAAGGACCUGCUGCCGUACAGGCCCCAACACCACAACCGCUCCAGCUUCGCCAAGCUGCCUCACAGCGCAUGGAAUCAAGUUGUACGACAGGUGUCGCUACGGCUGCGGCGGCAGCGGUGACGAUGGCCGCCGAGGUGGCAGUACGGCAACGUCUGUCCCAGCGGUCCAUCGGUAUUAAGACGGGCGACGUCAUUGGCGUGCCCGAAGGCACGCGGAGUGACGGCGACGGCGGCGGCGGCAGCUGCGGCGGCGGCGGUUUCGGCGCUAGCACUGCACAAGGCGGAGGGCCGAGGCGGCCUUGCCACCAGCGCGCCCGCUCACGGGCCAUUAGGCGGGCGUCGUCAGCGAUGGAGGCGGCGGCGGCGGCGCCGGCGGUGGUGGAAGCGGCGGCGGGUGCCGUGCCAUCGCGUGUGAUGGGCCGCGGGCCCCGCAAUCGCAGUACACAGUACAAAGGCGUGUCGUUGUACCGUCGUACUGGGCGGUAUGAGGCACACAUCUGGCAUGAAGGGCGCCAGCUGCACAUCGGUACGUACGGCACUGACGUGGAGGCUGCCCUGUUACGUUGCCUGGCUUUACCGUGUGUGCGUCAUCUUAAAAUGACGGUACGACAGGCGUACGACAGAGUUUCCCGCUAUCUUCGAGGCCCCGGCGCUGUGCUGAACUUUCCGACGGAGGCUGCCGCCACAGCGACCGCUGCUGCCGCCGCCGCGGCGGCAGCGCCAACGUUUGCCGCUAGCGGCGGCGGCGGCAACGGCGAGAAAACAGCAUGUCCAAAGGCAGCUGCCGCCGUCACCGCCGUCAGGCAGGGCGGGUCAGGGCCGGCAGCAGCGGCGUCUGUACGGCACCAUCAAGGUCGGGUUGGCCUUGGAGAGGGCUCCAGGGUGGUGCUGAGGGCUGCGGGGGUUGAUGGGCGACAGCAGGACGGGGCAGGUGGCAUGGGCGUCGACAAGGGCAGCGGCAGCCGUUGCGCAGGGAACUCUCAUUAUGCGGGAACCCACCAAACCUUAAUUGUUGAACAGGCACCUAACGGCGUCGCCGUCGGUACGACAUUGAGCAGUACGACAUUGGGCAGGGGUGGCGGCGGCGCCGGGCGCGGCAUUGCCGCGUUUGUGAAGCCGUGGCCAAACUCGUUGGCGGCAGCGGCAAGGCCGGAGGCGACGGCGCUGGCGCCGCCGCCUUCUUAUGCGGCGGCGAUGAGGAGUGGCUUGAAGGGCGGUUGGGAGGUGGCGACGACGGCGGCGGUGACGACGGCGGCGGUGACGGCGGCGGCAGACGUCGCCUUCAGCGGACACUGCAAGGAUUACAAUCAGGCUGUCCAGCCGUUGUACGGCAGCGGCGGAGUCGGAGAAGACGCCAGUGCUCACCUGGACGAGAGGGCCGCCGGGGCCGUCGUCCCUGGCACCGCUUGUACGGCCAUCAGGUAUGCGUCUGAUAUUGUCGUACCUAUCGCUGCUGGCCAGCUGGAUCCGGGCUAUGGGGUCCCCGCAGAGUCCGUGGCGGCAUCCCUCCUAUCGGCGGGGGUUCCUGCUGACUUGCUACGGGCUGUGCUUAAACAUACGACAACAGCAACGGCGGAUGCCAGCGGCAGCGGCGACGGCGGUGCCACCGACGUCGUUGCGACCGCCGCGUCCCCGCCGGGUGUGCCGCCGCCGCUUCCGCCGCCACCACAAGAACAGACGGACAUACGUAUGGCGGUUCCGAUGGGUAUCGACCUUGGUACGGAUGGGUCGACGGCGGCGGCAACUGUCGCGAUGUCGCGAGGAUGUCCGCAGCUACAGCGUACGUCGGCGUUGCCGCCGCCGCCGCCGCCACCGCUGGCCCAACCAUAUCUACCAUCGCCGCAUUACCAUCACCAUUACCAUGGAGUCUCCGACCAGUUCGUGACGGCGGCGACGACAGCGGUAAUGGCGGCGGCGCCGCCGCUGCCCGCGCGGCCAGCGCCGUCAAGGCCUUCAACCGCAGCAAUUAAUCUUCAGAAGGACGCGGCAGUAGCAGCCAUCAUGAGUCACUUAGCCAGACACCCGCCGCCGCCGCCGCCGCCGCAGCAGCAGCAGCCGUGGACGCUACAGCCUCCGCCAACGGCAACAAGAUCGGGUCGUUGUACGGCGCCUGAUCCAUCGGCAGCUACUGCUGCCGCCUCUGCCAACACGGCGACAGCUGCAAUCGCCGCCGCAAGUACGGCAGCCUCUGAAUCGCGACCGUACGGCACCGCCGGCGGCGGCAAAGUGGAAGAUUUGCGGAGCAGCGGGCCGGAGGACGCCACGCCGCUACUGCCGGGCGUGUCGCCCCUGGCUACUGCGAACCAGCAGCAGCAGCACGCGACGGAUGCGGUGGUACUGCGGAUGCAGCACCCGGCGGUGCUACAGCCGCAGUCCUCCAGGCCCACAGAAUUUAAAUCUGACGCCGACGGCGUCUGUACGACACCUGCAUCGCUGCUACAGUCGUCAUGUGCAUCGGCUGCUCUGGCGGUGCUACCUGGCGUCGCCGCCGCCGCCGCCACCGCCACGCAAGUGCCGUCGGCGGCUACAGCCGCCCAGCCAGAGGACGUGCGAACGAAUGGGCUGUCAGCCAGCGGCGCGGCGGCGGCGACUGGUGGCGGCGGCGGCGACGGCGGCAGCAGCACUGCUACCGCCGGCAGUCACGCCGCGGAGGCCGCCGUCAUGCGCACGCGUACGGCACCGGAGGCGGACCGCAGCUGCCUUGCCUCCGCCGCGAUCGAUCCCUGGGAGGAAGUCGCAGGCGGGGGUGGGUGGUGA